CGCGCUGCUCUCCGGGCUGCUCUCUCUCUGCGCUGCUGCUCUCCGCCUCUCCCAGCACAUCCACGGAGACGGAAACGGAAAUAAGGCGACUCUCUUUCUGCCUCUCCUGACGGAUUUUUUUUCACGGAGCAGAGAAAGUGAAGAAAAAGAAAAACAGACUGUUAAACAGGUUAAUGCUCCUCAGAGCGGCGGACAGGAGAGCUUUAAAGGGGCGAGUCGCGCGGACAAAGACUGAGAUAAACACUGGUUGUGCAGAGACAGCAUCGUGGGAAGCUGCGCAGCCUUUGUCAUGGAGGCCGUCGCCAAGUACGACUUUAACGCCACUGCGGAUGAUGAGCUGAGUUUCAGACGUGGAGAGACGCUGAAGGUAUUAAAUGAAGAAUGUGAUCAGAACUGGUACAAAGCAGAGCUGAAUGGAAAAGAAGGAUUCAUCCCUAAAAACUACAUUGAAAUGAAACCGCAUCCGUGGUUUUAUGGGAAGAUACCACGGGCAAAAGCAGAGGAGAUGCUGAAUAAACAGAGGCAUGAUGGGGCGUUUCUUAUCAGAGAGAGUGAGAGUGCACCGGGGGAUUUCUCCUUGUCUGUCAAAUUUGGGAACGACGUGCAGCACUUUAAAGUCCUGCGGGACGGCGCAGGGAAGUACUUCCUGUGGGUGGUGAAGUUUAACUCUCUGAACUCUCUGGUGGACUACCACCGCUCCACCUCAGUCUCCAGAAACCAGCCCAUCUUCCUGAGAGACAUUGAGCAGGUGCCACAGCAUUCCACGUAUGUGCAGGCUUUGUUCGACUUCGACCCGCAGGAGGAGGGCGAGCUAGGUUUCAGACGUGGAGAUUUCGUCCAGGUGCUGGACAACUCUGACCCCAAUUGGUGGAAGGGGGCAUGCCAUGGCCAGACCGGAAUGUUCCCUCGCAACUACGUCACUCCCGUCACUCAAAACAUGUAACUGCUGGCUGACGGAGCCGAAAAAAAUACAGAAAAAAAUCACAAACAAAAACACACAAACUGGAACUGUCUGUUAAAGUGAGCGGGGGGCUCCCAGCCGGGUUGCCAUGGAGACAGAGACCAUGCAGGGGAGUCGGGGAAGAAUAGGCUGACUGACGGCUCAGAGUGCCGAUUGGCUGAGAGAAGCAGAACUGAGCUGCACUGUUGGUUGGCAGUGUGGCGCAGCUGAUUGGCUGGAAGGUUGUGGACCUGCUGGUGAGAUGCUGUGUAAGGUGAGGAAGCUCUGGCAGUGAACCUGAACACCUUGGACUGUGCUGCUCCUCUACAUGCCAGACUGUGACUCCUUCUCAGCCAGCCAAACUGAAUUACAAAGAACAGAAGAGAACAUGUACAGAAACAUGACUGAAAUAAUAUUAAUAAUAAUAAUAACAGCAAAAAUAAUAAUAAUGGCGACUCUACAGAGCGUCAAGCAUGUGAAUGCCCGGAAAAGGGUUUCACACUGACAUUCUGAACGACCCACAUUCUGUAUCAUUUUUAAAAGCAUAUUUUACAUGUGCUUGCGAUCAUGUGUUCUUAUACACUAUGUUUCCAAAUGUUUGUGGGCAUCCCUUCUAAUGAAUGCAUUCGGUUGCAUACUACAAGUCGAGCUCACAGAUGUGCACUUGCACACACUCACAACAUUUUGAUUCCCUGUAGAGUAGUAUAGCCAGAGAGAGAGAAAGCUGUGGAGCUGUGAAGCAGUGAAACUGUGUUCUCUGGAAUGAUGAAGCUCCAUCCAUAGGUUUGGAUGGGAUGGGAUGUGUUGGGGAAGAGUCGGGGUUGUGAUUGAUCAUCCAACACCUGGACUUCUGAUUUUGUCACUGAAUGCAAUCAAAUCCUCACAGGAAUACGUACUCCAAAAUCUAGUAGGAAACCUUCCCUGCUCCAACAAAAACAUGAUAAUUUUUAAUACCCUUGAUUUUUUAAGAAAGAAUGAAUGAACAGUUGUCUUAAUACUUUUGUCCAUAUUAUGUAUGUUCCUCUCAGUAAUGCUGUCCCUGUUUUGUGUGAGUGCAUUUGGGGUUAUGAGUAAUAAUAAUGUUGUUAUUACUGUGCUGUAUUACUCAUAAUAUCAGAGAUCAUAUCAUUUUCAAUUCAGCAUGUGUAAAUCUCUUAAUCCUCAUAUCAUAAUAUUCAAUGAUGUCAUAGAGCCAGUGGUGUCAUAGGGCUGGUUCACUCCAACGUGAGGUUAAGGAAUACACUGUGUACUUCAAGUGAAAAUAAAUGACUGAAUACAAUCUUCUUAAAGCUACUUCUGCAGAAGGAGCCAGUGCUGACCAGACACACACUGACCACUGAUCUGUCAGAGAGGAUGUCUUGCAGUGU